AUGGAAGGCGAAGCUGAUUGGGGACAGGAAGACGUCCGCGACCCCGAAGUCGCUCCCAUCAAGCUCUUCGGACGAUGGGCCACCGACGACAUCUCGGUCAACGACAUCUCCCUCCAAGAUUACUUGGCCUGCACCGACCGAUACGCCAAGUACCUUCCACACACUGGCGGCCGAUACCAGGUCAAACGAUUCCGAAAGGCCCAGUGCCCAAUUGUUGAGCGAUUGGUCAACUCCCUCAUGAUGCACGGCCGAAACAACGGCAAGAAGAUCAUGACCGUCCGAAUCGUCAAGCACGCCUUCGAGAUCAUCCACUUGACCUCCGGCGAAAACCCAAUCCAGAUCCUUCUCCACGCCAUCAUCAACUCUGGCCCACGAGAAGAUUCUACUCGAAUCGGUCGAGCUGGUACUGUCCGACGACAGGCCGUCGAUGUCUCCCUCUCCGACGAGUCAACCAGGCUAUCUGGCUCCUCUGCACCGGCGCUCGAGAAGCUGCCUUCCGAAACAUCAAGACAAUCGCCGAGUGCCUCGCUGAUGAGCUCAUGA